AUGGCUGGAACGAAAAGAAUGGCCAGAACAAAAAUGACAGUUCCCGUUGAAUCGACGUAAAGACGUUGCUCAGGUGAAGUAUUUGAUCAUCCCCAUGGAAGCGGAACAAUGAAGAGGAGCUUUUAUCCUGCUAGUGACGACAUCGUUCCCGUGAAGUAUGACUCCGUCGCGAAAUUCGGGAAGAAUCUAUAUCCACGAUCGUUUUAUGAUGCAUUAAAUCGAGUCGAACGUUGAAUCAGCUACAAAGAAGCCACCCUUCUACACAGGGUGUCCUAGUUCUUAUGGUAUAACCGAGAAAAGAUUAAGAUAUCCAAAAAAUAGAAUAAAAGUUCCUGCAGUAAAUCGAUCCGGAGGAAUGAAAAACAGCCUAGCAAAAGAAUCUUGAUUAUCGUGAAGAUUUACGUAAUUCGAAUUGUCAACAUUUUGACUAGCGAAACUAUACGACUUUACGAGUCUACCACAUGGGACGUAUUAUAAUGAAUAAUACAAUCACGGACGAAGUAUGAAGUGACAUUACUCUGUUUAAUCGCGAACGUAAGUUUCUUUCAAACAGACACCUCUUUGGCAAAAGUAUUCUGCCGGGAUAAAGAGACGAAGUUUCACCAAAGUUUCACGAGAUAGUUUAGAAAAUAAAAUACAAUUGAAUUAAUUCUAUCUAGUCUAAUGAACUCUCUAUUCGAGAUUAUUCAAUUAUUUAAACUUAUCCAACGCUUAAUUAAUAAAUCUGAACAAAUUUUAUUAGGUUUAGUAUUCUACUGUUAUUUUAUUGAAAAUGAAGAUAGUUUUUGUCGAUCAAAUAUAGUUAAAUCAUUCACUCACCUAAAGAACUACAGUAAAUAAGCGUUUAGAUGGAAAUCACGUACCUGUAACAAAAAAAAAAAAAAUGGAAUGUGGUUAAUAGAUUAUUAUAACAAACACAAAAUUAUUUACCAAUAUUUAUCGUGUACAGUAUUGUCAUUUAAAAUUUACUUUAUUAUACAUACUUGUAAAUUUCGUACAAAAAAUGAGUGAGGAAAGAAAGUAAUUUUUCGACAGAGAAAUCGAAUGAAAUUGUUAACUUUCAUUGAACUUUUAAUGUUCAAAUUAUCUCUUUUCUGUUUCAGGUUCGUAUGUUAACAUUUUAACUUUGUUACACAGUUUUAACAAUUAUUUGAUUAUAUAAUAUAUAAAUUUAUAAUUUAAUAAUAUUUGAUUAUAUAAUAUUAUAAAAGUCUUGGAUUGUCAUACUUUUGAAAAAACUAUUUGGAGGAAAUAUUUUGGAGGAAAAUAUCCAAGUUAAAAAUAUAUAUAUUUUUUAAAUCAGCAUUGUUUAAAACUUAAGUUACUGAUUAGAGCAUUGAAAAAUAAAUAAUACUGAUAUGAAAAAAAAAGUGUAAAGAAAAUAAAUAACGAUUUUUACACAAUCGUCUUAUUUUCUUAACAAGUGUAACUUUCUUCCUCGUAUACAAAUAUUUAGAAAUUCACCGAAUGAUUCAUGUUUCGAUUUCACAUCUCGGAGGUAACGUUUCGUAGAAAAUUUACACAAUUUUCAUUCCUUCAGUGUAAAAUAAGCACUCCUUUUUAAAUGGAAUUUUUUUUCUACCUCCGAGAAAAUAAAUUUAUGCAAAGAAGUAUGGAAUAAAAGAUUCAGUGCAAUACGUUGCAUUUCGUAAUAGCAGAAAAGAUAAUAGUCGGGAAAUUACAAUUAAUUUACAACUAAUUGAAAAGUUUAACAGUUUUCAUUCGAUUCCUGCAAUGAAAUUGCGCAAAGAAGAUAUGUGUCAAAGGGAUCUUUGCGUUUAUUUUUGAUCGAUGAUGGAACAUGGAAUUAAAUAAUUAUUUUCGUAAAUAAAAUGUCAUUAUAAAAUGGCUUUAAUUCUCUUUAGUCCAGAAAAACCAUGGAAUAACAAUUUAACAACUUAAUAAUUUUGUAUCCAACGAAUAAAUUGUCCAAAGAUCGAUGACUCUGAAUGGAAAUAUCCCCUAUCCUCUUAAAACUGGUGAAAAAUCGAUCGAAAUCAAUAACGUGAAAAUUUGAUUUCCCAAGGAGAAUUUCCAGGUACUUAAACAUCUUUGCAGCUGCAUAUCCCGGACACAGGAACCAUCUGGCUCUUCGUAGGGCUUGCAUUUGCUGAAGGACGUUAUCCAAGUGCUUGGCAAGCACACUGGCACUCCUGUGAGACUUUGGUCGUACACAGUCAUCGAGAAUUCUCAGGACACGUUUGCCAGGUUGCUGGAAAUUAGCAGCAUCCUAGCCGAAUCGUGUUUUGGAAAAACAGAUCGUCCAAGACUUGGUUCUAGCCAACACCUUAAAUGUUUCAUGGAAACUUUUACUAGCAAAUCGCAGCCAAUGAAUUUGAAAGUGCCGGUCGUUCGAUUGCCAUCCGUAGCGAGAUUCGAAUAUUAUUGCGGAUGA